UAAUAAUUUGCAAAUUUCCCUCAAAAAUGUACGGAGAGGAAGAUAUGAACGAAGAAGGCUCCUUUUGUCAUGACAUGGUUGGUAUUAAGCUCAAGGAGGAUCAUGAAAAGAGGCCAAUAUGGAUAUCAGAUCAUUGCCACAUCUUCUUAGAGGCUUUUAGUCAUCUUUAUCAACCAGCAACAGAUUUCUUAAUUGCAAUUUCAGAGCCUGUAAACAGACCAGCACAUGUGCAUGAGUACAUGCUCACCAGGAAUUCGCUUUAUGCUGCUGUAUCUGUGGAGCUUAACAAGGAGGAAAUAGUCCAAAUUUUAGAUAGACUCUGUAAAAAUGAAGAAAUUCCUCCAAAGGUACUGAAGUUUAUUGAGACUUGCACUGCGCAAUAUGGCCAAGCAAAGUUAGUCCUGAAGGACAACAGGUACUUCAUCGAAUCAUCGAAGGCUGAUGUUUUAAGGAUGAUCUCUGAUCUUCCAGAAGUCAGCCAUGCUCACCACAGGAUCAGAUAUGGGAAGGAAGAGACUAAGUCUAGCAAGAUAAUUCUACCUAUUGAUGAAGAAGGAGACACCAAGUUCAAAAUUGCCCCAGGUAGUGGAAAGAUCGAAGUACAAGAUAGAGAUGCUGAGAAAUCAGAUCAUUUCAAAAGACUAAAGAAAGAGUUUAAGUCCCUCUUUGAUGUUGACGAUGAUAUGGAUGAUGGAGAGGCAAAAUAAGAAAAAGCAAGGCUUAGUUUUAGAAAUCCACCCAGGACAUAUAGAAGCAGUUAGAUCUGAGUGUUUGGACAACAAUUUUCCUUUGCUAGAGGAGUAUGACUUUAAGAGAGACUCUAAAUCGCCCACACUACCUAUUGAGUUAGACUCAAUUACGAAGGUUCGUCCUUAUCAAGAGAGAGCUCUAUCAAAAAUGUUUUCACAAGCGAGAGCUAGAUCCGGAGUAAUUGUUCUUCCAUGUGGAGCUGGUAAAACUCUUGUGGGAAUCACUGCAACUACAACUAUUAAGAAGAGGACUCUAGUGCUCUGUACUUCCUGUGUGUCAGUUGAGCAGUGGAAGGCUCAAUACGUCCUUUGGACAACUCUUGAUGAAAAGAAGAUCAUUAAAUUAUCUUCUGCUUCUACUAAGAAAGGAAUUGAGUUUGAGCAUGAUGAAGCAGUCAUCAUGAUCACUACUUACUCAAUGAUGGGACAAGGUAGCUCAGAAGAGACUAUGAGAAUUAUGAACUAUAUUAGGUCAGUAGAAUGGGGUCUGCUUGUCAUGGAUGAAGUCCAAGUCGUUCCUGCUAAUAUGUUCAGAAAAGUCUGCACACAAGUUAAAUCUCACUGCAAACUGGGACUCACAGCUACUUUAGUCAGAGAAGAUGAUAAAAUUCAAGAUCUUAACUUCCUGAUUGGGCCUAAAUUGUAUGAGGCUAACUGGCUGGAUCUUCAAAAGCAAGGAUAUCUUGCUCGUGUACAAUGUAUUGAAGUAUGGUGACAAAUGACUCCUGAAUUCUAUAAGCCAUAUCUGGAUGCGAAGCAUAACAAAAAGAUUAUUCUUUACGUCAAUAAUCCUAAUAAAUUCAUGGCUUGUCAGUACCUGAUUAAUCUUCAUGAGAAGAGGGGUGAUAAAAUAAUUGUAUUUUCUGAUAACCUAUUUGCUGUUGAGAAAUACGCAAGAAUAUUAAAGAAGCCAUUUAUUCACUCUAAAGUCUCGGAUCAAGAAAAGUUAGGUAUUCUCCAUCAUUUUCAAAGAACUGACAAAGUUAACACUAUCUUUAUCUCCAAGGUAGGAGAUACCUCGAUUGAUUUGCCAAGUGCAAAUGUGAUUAUCCAGAUAUCAUCCCACUUCGCUUCAAGAAGGCAAGAGGCUCAGAGGUUAGGACGUAUUUUAAGGCCAAAAGAUACUUACAAAGAUGAAAAAUUCAAUGCCUUCUUCUACUCUUUAUGCUCUAAGAACACUACUGAAAUGCUGUAUGCACAUAAAAGACAAAAAUUCUUGGUAGACCAAGGCUUUGCCUUUACAGUAGUCAAAGAAAUGCCCUUCAUGAAAAAUCCUGAAGAGAAAAAGAAGCUAAAAAUGUCUGCUAAAGAAGAACAAGUAUCCCUCCUCGAAGAAAUCCUUGGAAAAGAUGAAGAGAAAAUUAAAGAUGAGGAAGAUGUUGAAGCAGAUGCUGAUGCCAAGCAGCUGAUGAAAUUCAAAGAAUUAGAGUCCAAUUUGGGCGGAAUGGCAGGAGGAAUGGGUAUUUAUAGCACAUAAACUUAACUAAUUUAAUUGUUAAGCAAUUUAGAACAC